CCACCACCUCCUCCCCUCUCCGCCCACCGCCCCGGAUCCCUCCCCCAGAUCCUCCCGCCACCACCCGCCCCAGCCACCCGGGCAGCGGCGUCGGGAUGGAGAGCCUGGCGCAGCGCGCGGCGCUGCUGCGCGAGUCGCUGGGCCGGAGCCAGGCCGCCACCGACGCCGUCGUCUCCAUCCUCGGCUCCUUCGACAGCCGCCUCUCCGCGCUCGACGCCGCCAUGCGCCCCAUCCAGCUGCGCACCCACGCCGUACGCACCGCGCACGAGAACAUCGACCGCACCCUGCGCUCCGCCGACGUCAUCCUCACACAGUUCGACCGAACACGGGAGGCAGAGCGCGAGAUACAGAAAGGCCCUCACGAGAAUCUCCAGAGUUUCCUGGACGCGGUCGACCGGUUGAGGAGCAUCGAGCGCUUCUUUAGCUCCAACAGGAGUUACAGCAGCAGCGACAGGGUGCUCAGCCACGUGAACGCCCUCCUUUCCAAGGCCCUCGUCAAGAUGGAGGGUGAAUUCCAGAAUCAGUUGUCUCAACGCAGCAAACCUAUGGAGCCUGACCGUCUUUUCGACUGCCUUCCGAGUACGCUUCGGCCAUCAGCUGAGUCUCGGGCUGAAGGUGGGAAACACCAACCAGCUGGCGCCGAUGGCCAGGAGGCUGCCGUAUACAGCCCUCCUGCUCUUAUUGAGCCCAAGUUUGUUCCUUUGCUUGCUAAAUUAGCACAGCAAUUGGUUCAAGCUGGAUGCCAGCAGCAAUGUGCAGAAAUUUACAGCGAAGCUCGUGCUUCAGCCUUAGAAUCGAGUUUGAAGAACUUGGGUGUUGAGAAACUGAGUAAAGAUGAAGUGCAGAAAAUGCCUUGGGAGAUCUUGGAGUCUAAAAUAGGGAACUGGAUUCAUUUCAUGCGAAUUGCUGUGAAACUUCUUUUCGCUGGGGAGCGCCAGCUCUGUGACCAAGUUUUUGAAUGCAGCCAAUCCUUGAGGGAUAAGUGCUUUUCUGCAAUAACCAAGAACAGUUUGGCUACUCUACUCAGCUUUGGUGAGGCAAUUGCUAUGAGUAAAAGAUCACCGGAGAAACUGUUUGUUCUGCUGGACAUGUACGAGAUAAUGUGCGAACUUCAAACAGAGAUUGACACCAUCUUUGUUGGGGAAUCAUGCUCUCAAAUGCGUGACUCUGCAGUCAGUCUGUCAAAAUGUUUAGCACAAACCGCACAGAAGACAUUCAGUGAUUUUGAAGAAGCUGUCGAGAAGGAUGCAACAAAGAAUAUUCAUACUGAUGGAACAGUUCAUCCUUUGACAAGCUAUGUGAUUAACUAUGUUAAGUUCUUAUUCGACUAUCAAUCAACUCUGAAACAGCUCUUCCAGGAAUUCAAAAGGGAAGAUGGAACAGGUUCUGAGCUGGCAUCUGUAACCAUGAGUAUUAUGCAAGCUCUACAAAAUAAUUUGGAUGCAAAAGCAAAACAAUACAAGGAUCCUGCACUGAUGCACAUAUUUUUGAUGAAUAACAUUCAUUAUAUUGUUAAAUCUGUCCGCAGAUCAGAAGCCAAGGAUUUAUUGGGCGAUGACUGGAUUCAAAGGCAUCGAAGGAUUGUACAGCAAAACGCAAAUCAAUAUAGAAGGGUUGCCUGGUCAAAGGUGUUGCAAUGUCUAUCUGGUCAAGGUUUGACUUCAUCAGGAGGUAGUGGUCAAGUAGGGAGCGAAGGAGGCAAUAGCAGUGGAGCUUCAAGAACAGCUGUGAAAGAGAGAUUCAGGUCUUUCAAUGUGUUAUUUGAAGAGAUCUAUCAAAAGCAGUGUGGCUGGUCUGUUCCAGAUUCAGAGUUGCGCGAGUCACUAAGACUUGCCGUCGCAGAAAUUCUGUUACCUGCAUACAGAUCUUUCCAGAAGCGUUUUGGACCUCUCAUUGAGAACAGCAAAGCGCCUGGGAAAUACGUCAAGCACACGCCCGAGCAGCUCGAGGUAUUCCUCGGCAAUCUAUUCGAGGGGAAACAGGAGCGUGCUUGAUCGCUGCAUCACUGCGCCUGAGGACGCUUAUGUAAAUUAGAGCCACGCGGUUUGUCCACAUGUCUCAAACCUGCUGCUGAAUGCAUCGGGCGUUGUUCCGAUUCAUGAUCUGUACAUACAGAGUGCACGGUCGUAGCUGUCAGUUAUUUUUUGUUCAUCGGAGGAGUAGGUGGUUUCGGUGUGGUGAAAUUUGUUUUUUCUAUCAUUUUUUGGGGUGUGGAAUGCUGAAAUUCUUGUUAGCCUAUUUGAGUACCAGCAGUGUGUGUGCAGGACAUCCAUCCAGCGUCUAUGUAUGUAGUUUGUCAGACUUCCAUGUUUGACCAUUUAGUUUUGCAUCCGAACAGGGUUGACCCACACUGACCAGUGGCUGGGUUCUGAAAAUAUUAUGAGAGUUUACAACA